ACAAGAUUAGGCAUUGAGGACGACACACAUAUAAAUAUUACAAGCAGCUGUGACAAGCUAGUCAGUUUCUGAAAUAUCUUCGCGAAUCGACAUCGCUUCAUCGGAUAAACGAGCAAUCAUGAAGUUCUUCCGUUCUGCUCUCACCGCUGUGACGGUGAUCGCCGUUAUCUGUAACGUAGUGGAUGCCGUUAAGAUCUGUGCUUUCAACAUCCAGGUCUUGGGAACGACAAAGAUGGGGAAACCCGAGGUCGUUGAUGUGCUCACCCAGAUAAUCACGAGAUAUGAUAUGGUUCUGAUCCAAGAAAUUAGAGACAGUUCGGGAGAUGCAAUCGUCGAUCUGUUGGAUGCGGUGAAUUCUGCUUCUGGAAACCAAUACAGCAUGGAAUUAGGCCCACGUGUUGGAAGGUCUUCAAGCAAGGAGCAAUACGCCUACUUCUAUAAGUCCAGCAAGUUUCGAGUGAAGAGUUCAUUCACAUUUACAGAAAGUCAAGAUGAGUUUGAGAGGGAACCGUAUGUGGUCCAUUUCAGCAGCUUCGAUACAAGUGCUUCUGAGUUUUCAGUGAUUGGUCUCCAUGCCAAACCAGACGAUGCUGUAAGUGAGAUCGAUGCACUCACCGAUGUAUACGAACAGGCUGUUUCCAAAUUGGGCACUUCGAACUCUAUCUUGAUGGGUGACUUCAAUGCUGACUGUAACUACGUCAAGUCCUCGGAUUGGUCCGAGAUCAGUCUCAAGACAGACAGCAGGUUUGAUUGGCUCAUCUCAGACAGUGCUGAUACCACGGUCAAGUCUACUGACUGUGCAUACGACAGGAUUGUACUGGCUGGUUCGGGGAUGGAGAACAGAGGUGCUGGAUACAUCUUCAACUAUCAGUCCUAUUACGGCCUCUCACAGGAUGAGGCGGAGGACGUCAGUGAUCACUAUCCUGUUUAUUUCAAUCUCUACUAAUACAGCUACGCAUAAGUCUAACAAUGAACAAGUCAAUCUUUACUGAUACGUACAGUUACUAAUAUAAGUCUAAUUGUGAACACUUUAAUCUCUAUUGAUAGAGCUACCACAAGUUUUAUUAUAAAUACUUCAAUCUUUAGUGCAGCUAUACGCAUAAGUCUUAUUAUGAAUACUCAAAUCUUUAAGUCUACUUAUUUAUAUUUCAAUCUUCACUGAUGAAGGACGCUUAAGUUACUUAAUAUUAUUUUCAAUGAUCAAUGAUGCAGCUACACAUAAUACAUAAUAAUCUGUAUUUAAGGUAGGCCUUUUUAGCAUGUAUCAGGAUUUUGUUGAACAUAUUGCUCCGGUUGUCUCAUUUUCGCUCGCUGGAACAUUGCCAAGACAAACCACUGACCUCUACAUCCUGGACGGAUCAUCGC